ACCGAACCUUCUCUCCCAAUCCAGACAAAGGGGACGACGGAUCCGCGGCGGCGCGCACUGAGCCUGAGCAUCUCAGCACCUUGGAUUGAUCCGACGCGCAAGAACGCACCGGCACACACGCGAGCACGCCCUCCAGAUCUACCUGAAACCUCCACGCCAGUUAAUUGUCAUUGUUGAAGGGCGAGAAAAGGGAGAUUGAACCCCGAUUUUAUUCGCAGCCUCGCCGUGUUCCCAUGAUGUCAUACCUGUGGAUUCUGCUAUUAGGAAGCCUGCUGGCUACGCACGCCAAGGCACAAGAUGAUAUAAUCCCAACAGUAGAGCCAUCUAUUGAAACUCCCACAUCUAAAGCAGAUGUAGAGGUCAUCGACCAGCAUAACCUUGGGGAGAUGGUCACUGCAACUGAGGAAGUAUUGCAGCCUGAGCCCACUGCUGACCCUGAGGCUGAAUUAAUCCAAGAAGCAAAUGCUGCAGAUGUAAGCACAGAGCCAGUGCCUACAGAUGCUCCUGCAGGGGAGGAGGGUCAAUCAGCGAGUCCUACGACUGGAGAAACAGAACCAGUUAUUUCUGACGCGCCUACAACUACACAAGCUGCUGAUUCUGAGGAUGACACUCCAGAAGCUACGCAAACAGCAGUUAAUGAGGAGGCGCAACCCACCACAAAUGCGAAUACAACACCUGCUCAAGACCAGAGUGGACUUCAUGACAUCAUAACAACAGUAGGUCUAGAAGCCAAUGAGGAGGCACCAACUGAUCCAUCUGCUAAUGAAGAGUCAUCCACAGAUGAUUUCACAACCACAGAUGAAACUGUCACUAUAAAUCCAGGGUUUAACAUUGAGAAGACGUCAAUUGCAGAGCAGGAAACACAUGGGUUAAACCAUGAAAGUCCCGUGAAGAGCAGGAUGGGACCACAGCAGAAUUCAGUGCCUGCUUUGGGUGCCUCAGAGAGCGGUGCAGAUCAACAGCCCCAAAAGGCCAGCUCAAGCUCUUUAGCAGCAAUCCUUAGUGCGAUUGUUGUGUCUGCAGUGGGAGCAAUCGCUGGAUACUUCACCUAUCAACAGAAGAAGCUGUGCUUCAAAAAUAGACAGGAAGCAGACCCUGAGGCUCCACACAAAGCUGAUGCAGCAGAGGCUCGGUCAGAUCCCCAGGUUCUUAGCAACCUUCUGAACUCCUCCUAGACCUGAAACGAUCACCUUACCGCCUGGGCCAACUACAGUCUAGCAAAGUGGCAAUCUCACUGUUCGGCUCUGUCCUCUGUAGAGCUAAAUUACUGUGAGGCCCCAGAGUAGGGCUGCGUGUUUCAGUCUGAAUUUCUAUGUCUGUAUGUUGCUCUACACGAGCUUGCGUGGAUGUGUCUCAGUGUGCGUGUGAAUAAUAUCCGUUCAUUCUUGUGUGUGCAUAAAUGUGGAAAGAAGGAGCUAGAAAAAGAUCAUGUGAUCUUUAGGGCUUUCAUUAUUGUUAAAAAAAUGUAUUAAAAUAAUUGGUCAAACACUCUACUUUAAACCAAAUUAUUAUAAUUUUUUUCAGAGUGGCCAUUAAAGAGAUUUAAUCUCAAUUUACGUAUAACCAUAAAAUGGAUUAAUUAUAUACCUACCUUUUAAUUUUAUUUAUAUGGCUACUAUUAAUUCAAUGUAAAUACAAAACAGUAACUGAAAUCGAUGUUGUAGGUGUUUAACUUGUAAUUGUUUCUUUGGAAUUUUUUUACAAUUUUGCCAUUGUUGAACUGCCCGUAUGAUUUUAAAUCAUUUAGAUAAGACAUUUCUUUUUCAAUUAUCUAUAGUACAGAUGCAGGUUAACUGGAUAACAGGGGGACACAGUAGCAAGCAUUUUGUGGAGUCUGGUUAGGAGCUGUGGUAAAGGAUUUAAAGACUAGUAUUCUUGUUUAGAUGACCACCGAUGUCACUGAAUGUGUGUGCUUGUUUUCUGAUAGGUGAAGGGGUUUGAUUUAAAAUCCUGUUAAGUGACCGUUUCUCCUCGGUCGGUUGAAUACAUUAAAAGAUGACACAAAUCAAAUACAGCCUAAGAUUCAAGUCAUAUUAAUUUAGGAAAUACCAAAAACAAGCCAACAAAAAUAUAUUGUCUAAACUUACUAAAGUACGAUGAAGUAAAGUCUAAUCCAGUGUUGUUUCUGUAAAUGGAUGAAUGGUCACCUGACAUGGACAAAUUCAAUGGAGGUCAUGUAGUAAUGUAUUAGACUUUGUUCUGAUGUAGUAUGUGUGUAGUUGUGAAGCAGUCUUUUUUUUUUUCUCUAUAGUGCCUUUCACUGACACAGCCUGGCUUGAGCAAUCUACAGACACACAGAGAAGAUAUACAGGGUGACAAAUUAAAGGAUGGUUUAU